AUGUGGAUGGUUCUAUCUUCCCCUCCUCAAACCCAACUUCACAAUUCAAUAACAACCCAAACCUGUUGGCAUCAUCUUCAAUCCAAACCCAAGACUACAAGAAUCAACUUCCCUUUCAAACUAAAAUGCCAACAACAAUCCAAUUCCUCUCUCAAACCCAAAACCCAAGACGAUGGAAUCCCAACAGAAGACAUAAAAACCUUAGCAAAAUUCAAAUCUAGACACAACUACAUCCGUGUCUUAGAAGUUUCCAGAAAAGCCGACCACCCAUUCCGCGGCUCCAGACUUCUCCUUCUCGAUAACCCCGGAAACAUCCACAGCAUUUCCUACCUCUUCAAAACCCUAACUAACACCUACUUCGACGUCUUCGCCACCAUACCUCCGAUCAUACCCCAAGGACCCAUCGCAAUACUCGGCUUCGGCGCCGGCUCCACCGCCCGCAUCCUCGUUAACCUAUACCCGGACAUAGUCGUUCACGGCUGGGAACUCGAUCCCUCUGUGAUUGAAGUUGCAAGAGAGUAUUUCAAUCUUUCAAAAAUUGAGAGAGAAAACAAACAGAGACUUUUUGUCUACGUCGGAGAUGCCUUGAAGGCGAGUUUGGAAGGAGGAUUUUCUGGGAUUUUGGUGGAUUUGUUCUCGGAGGGGAGUUUGUUACCGGAGCUUCAGGAGGCUGCUACAUGGGAGAAGCUGAAGAGGAGUUUGAAGAAAGGUGGGAGGAUAAUGGUGAAUGUUGGAGGGAGUUGUGUGGAGGCUGAGGAUAAGGUUAGAGAUGGGCAUGUUGUGAUGGAAGAAACUUUGAAAGCUAUGAGAAUGGUUUUUGGAGAGAAGCUUUUUGUUCUUAGACUUGGGAACCGUGGAGAUGAUAGCUCUCUUGCUCUUACUGGAAAUUUUCCUGAAAUGGAUGCAUGGAAGAACAAGCUUCCAUCUUCGUUGAGAUGUUAUGCUGGUUUAUGGAAGCCAUAUUCUGGUUAG